GUUAUUUUGCAUUGGAUGGCACCGAGGCUUUCAAAACUUUGGCUGAAGUCACGAUUCCGGAGCUUCUCAGCGCACCUGAUUCUCGACAUGAGGGUCUGCUAAUCAUCCUCGAUGAUCUCCAGAACGCAGGAAACGAAUUGACCGGGAUUCUUGCACAGGUACUACUCUUGCUACCAGAGCGUUCCGACAUUAAGCUGCUUUUACUUGGCGACGCAGAUGUUCUGGACAGCUGGAGUUGUCCUGCCAAGGUCGUCCGACACGAAUUACUUCCCUUACUAGAAUCUCAAAGACGAGAGGCAGUAUGUGUUAAUCUAAUAUCGAAAUCGGCGAAUGCCAUACCAACUGGUAUGGGUGAAGCUGCGUCGAAUCCAGCAUUAUUCGCUUUUGCGAUCCAAGCCAACCACCCUGGAGACAGCGCCGAGGAGCUACUUGAUGCGUGGCUUUCGUCCACCUAUCCAGAACCGGGUGCUGCAGAGCUUCUAGUAGACAGAGCAUACAAGCUAACAAUACACGGCUUAUCACCUAACAGUCUGGAUGAGAUAUCACCGACCUCGACUCAGUCCAACCCCGCGCGAGAAAGGAUCGUAGUGCAUCGGCUACUAGCUGCACGGUACCUAGCUGGCCUGGCACCCAAAAUCGCUAUCGACCUCUUCCAUGAAAAACCUCACGUUUCAAACCAUGUUCUGAAAAGCUGCCUGUUACGCCUGAGCUCCUCAUACAAGUCUGUCGAGCUUGUCGACGGGCUUCUCGGAGGAUCGCUAGCCAGCUCUCAGCGUGCUGCCUUACUCGUGGCCGGUCUCAUUCCAUUAUCCGCGGAAGUUGAGAGCAAGGUCAGAAGCCUCAUUCUGGAUAUCGUCGAGAACGGUGCAUUGUCGGCUGGCGAGCGUGAGAAAGCUGGCCGCCUACUGUCACGGUAUGGCGACCCACGAGAUCUGACUGGACUCGCAGUGGUUCCCGCCGGAAGCUUCCUAAUCGGAUCUGAAAGUCAUCCCAACUCGCAGCCCCUAAAUAGGAUCUCACUCGAGAGGUUUCGCAUCGGUCUCUAUCCCGUCACUAACCGAGACUACCAUACCUUUGUCAGAGAUACUAGCCGCGACUGGAUGAGCCCCGAUGGAGCAGAUCCGGAGAGGUCAAAUGCCCCAGCAACCGACCUUACAUGGCAUGACGCGAGGGCUUACUGCCAAUGGCUUACAGAAAGAUGGAGAGAAGAAAACAAAAUCAAUUCCAACGAGCAUGUGAGACUUCCGUCAGAGCCAGAGUGGGAGCGCGCAGCCAGGGGUGACCAAGGUGAGACGGGUACUGAAGGGUUGAUUUUCCCUUGGGGUACGAAUUGGGAGGAAGAUGCUGGUAAUGGCGAUGAGACUGGCUUUAACAAGACCUGUGCUGUCGGUCUGUUUCCGAAGGGUCGCUCGCCGUACGGAUGUUACGACAUGGCGGGGCAUGUAUGGGAGUGGUGCUCAACUCUCUGGGGCGAAGAUAUGGCCACGCCAACUUUCCAGUAUCCUUGGCGGGAUGAUGGGCGAGAGUCUACUGAUGCCCCGGAUCAUGUUCGAAGAGUACUGAGAGGCGGAUGCUUCUCAAGCCCGGAGUUGAAGGCAAAUUGUACUUACCGGGGUAGCCUCGAACCAACAGGGUUCUGGAGGGGGAAUGGUUUUCGCGUUGUCGUUGCUUCGGUAGACUUAUGAUAGUAUGAAAGCUUUAGAACAUUUGACAGUACGCAUAAACAAACCACAUCGUCAGCAUAUUCACAGCGAAUCGAUGCAUUCGAAUUGCGCAUGGUCAUCGGGUUCGUCUCGUUAUGCCGAGGACCGGCAAGAAUUGUAUGAAGUUUGCCGGUCGUGACGGCAUUCGCAGACUCCAUAUUCGAAACUUCCGGCACUGUGGAUCCAGCUCAGGAUCAGCCGGUGUCGGAGGCAAUCGGCGGAUCUGACCUGGAAUACAGUAGUGGAGGAGCAUCGCGUCAUUUCGCCUGAACCCUGGAGUAUGGUCCGCGUAAGGCCGGCUUUAUAUGGCCACUCGGCCUGCGUCCUGGUGAUCUUUGCAGCCUUACUCUCAAAGGCUAUUCACUAGUUCAAGAAACUGAAAAUAGC